UUAAUGCAGGAUGAGGAUGAUGGAGAAACCAUUUGCAACAGAGAAGCGUUACUGAAGAUCACAACAUUUUUCCUGAAGAAAAUGAAGCAAGAAAGGUUGGCUGACGAUCUACAAAACAGAUGCCUGGCUCCCAUGUGUAAAGGUAAACUUAAAUCUGGUCUGAAGAGGAGGUUCCAGUGUUUGUUUGAAGGAAUUCCUAAAGCAGGAAGUCCAACCUUUCUGAACCAGAUCUACACGGAGCUCUACAUCACAGAGGGGGGGGCUGGAGAGGUCAAUACUGAACAUGAGGUCAGACAGAUCGAAACAGCGUGUAGGAAACCACUCAGACCAGAAACAACAAUCAGACACAAAGACAUGUUUAAACCCCGACCCGGAAGAGACCAGCCAAUCAGAACAGUCCUGACAAAGGGAGUGGCUGGCAUUGGGAAAACAGUGUUAACACAGAAGUUCACUUUGGACUGGGUUGAAUACAGAGUUCACCAGAACAUCCACUUCAUAUUUCCAUUCACCUUCAGAGAGCUGAAUGUGCUGAAAGAGAAAAAGUUCAGUUUGGUGGAACUUGUUCAUUUCUUCUUCACUGAAACCAAAGGAAUCUGCAGCUUUGAUCAUUUCCAGGUUCUGUUCAUCUUCGAUGGUCUGGAUGAGAGUCGACUUCCUCUGGACUUCACCAACAAUGAGAUCGUCACGGAAGUCACAGAGUCCACCUCGGUGGAUGUUCUGCUGACGAACCUCAUCAGGGGGAAACUGCUUCCCUCUGCUCUCCUCUGGAUAACCACACGACCUGCAGCAGCCAAUCAGAUCCCUCCUCACUGUGUUGGCAUGGUGACAGAAGUCAGAGGGUUCACCGACCCACAGAAGGAGGAGUACUUCAGGAAGAGAUUCAAAGAUGAAGAGCAGGCCAGCAGGAUCAUCUCCCACAUGAAGACUUCUAGAAGCAUCCGCAUCAUGUGCCACAUCCCUGUGUUUUGCUGGAUAGUUGCUACGGUUCUAGAAGAUGCAUUGGAAACCAGAGAGGGAGGAGAGCUGCCCAGCACCCUGACUGAGAUGUACAUCCACUUCCUGGUGGUUCAGACCAAAAUGAAGAAGAUCAAGUAUGAUGGAGGAGCUGAGACGGAUCCCCUCUGGAGUCCAGAGAGCAGGAAGAUGAUCGAGUCUCUGGGAAAACUGGCUUUUGAUCAGCUGCAGAAAGGAAACCUGAUAUUCUAUGAAUCAGACCUGACAGAGAGUGAAAUUGACAUGAGAGAAGCCUCGGUGUUCUCAGGAGUCUUAACGCAGAUCUUUAAAGAGGAGUCAGGGCUGUACCAGGAGAAGGUGUUCUGCUUUGUCCAUCUGAGUAUUCAGGAGUUCAUGGCUGCUCUUCAUGUUCAUCUGACCUUCAUCAACUCUGGCAUCAACCUCAUGUCCAAGACGAGAAGAAAAUCUCUGAGGGAUACAUUUUCAGGGGAUAGACCUAAAUCAGUGCUCUUCUACCAGGCUGCUGUGGACAAGGCCAUUGAUGAUCCAAAUGGAACACUGGACUUAGUGCUGCGCUUUCUGCUGGGACUUUCAUUGCAAACCAACCAGACUUUCUUAGUAGAUGCAAUGACAAAGAAAGGGAGUAGCUCAAAGACAAAUCAGGAAAUAGUUGGUUACAUAAAAAACAAGAUCAAUGGUAAUCUGUCUGCAGAGAAAACCAUCAAUCUCUUCCACUGUCUGAAUGAACUGAGGGAUCGUUCUCUGGUGGAGAAACUUCAACAGACUCUGAGUUCAGAAAGUCUCUCCUCAGUUAAACUGACUCCUGCCCAGCUGUCAGCUUUGGCUUUCAUUCUGUUGUCAUCAGGAGAAGAUCUAGAUGUAUUUGACUUGAAGAAAUACUCUGUUUCUGAAGAAGGUCUUUCACGGCUCCUCCCAGUGAUGCAAGCUUCCACCAAGGCUAUACUAAGUGGCUGUGACCUUUCAGAGAGAAGCUGUGAAGCUCUGUCCUCAGUUCUUUGCUCCAGGAACUCAGCUUUGAGAGAAAUGGAUCUGACUGGCAGCAACCUGCAGGCUUCAAGCCUUACCCUAAUCUGUGCUGGACUCCAAAACCCACACUGCAUAAUGGAAGCGAUCAGAUUAAGUCACUGCAACCUCUCAGUGGAAAGCUGUAGAAUAUUGUCUUCAGUUCUCAGCUGCAAGUCUGCUUCUCUGAGACACUUGGACUUGACUAACAACGACUUGUGGAAUUCAGGAGUGAAGGUGCUUUGUGAUGAACUGAAAAGACCAGAAUGUUUACUGGAAACUCUCAGUUUAUCAGGUUGUCUGAUCACAAGUGAAGGCUGCCUUUUCCUGAGUUCUGCUCUGAGCUCCAACCCCUUCCACCUCAAAGAGCUGGACCUAACUUACAACCAUCCAAGAAAAUCAGGGCAAAGGAUCCUUUCUGAUGGACUGAAAAAUCCCCACUGGAAGCUCCAAAGUCUCCGGAUGGACCAUGAAGGACCUCACAGACUGAAACCUGGCCUAAAGAAGUAUGCCUGUAAAAUGGAACUGGACCCAAACACGGCGCACAGACACCUAAAACUGUCUGACAACAGGAAAACGGUGACACACGUGACACACAAACUUUCUUAUCCUGAUCAUAAAGACAGAUUUUCUCUUUGCAUUCAAGUUCUGUGCAGGAAUGUUUUGAGCGGCCGUUGUUAUUGGGAGGUUGAGUGGAGAGGAAAGGUUGAGAUCUGUGUAGCUCAUGGAGAACCGGUUUUGGACUGUGUGUUUGGAGCCACCAACCAGUCCUGGAGUCUGGAGUGCUCUGAUGGGGGGUAUGCUGUGUGGCACGCCAACAAGAAGAUCCCAGUUUCCUCAUGUGUCACUGCUUACAGAAUAGCCGUGUAUGUAGACUGUGAGGCUGGCCUUCUGUCCUUCUACAGGAUCUGGAGUCACAAUCUGAACCACCUCUACACCUUCAGGACUAGAUUUUCUGCUCCCGUUUAUCCUGGAUUCCGGAUCCAAACCGGGUUUGUGUCUUUAUGUUGAGAAUAUGCUCAUUGGCUGAUUUGACCAUGAUCCAUGAUACACUGUUCAGUCCAGAACUGAGCAGAACUAGAACGAUGAUCUUCACAAAUAGAAUCAGUAAGACCGUGCAAAGGCCCGUCU